CAGGGUAAGAAGGACCAAGUAGGCUGUGCUUUAAAGAGACCAGAGGAGCCUAUAAAAAGUGCUUUCAUGCCCGUUAUUGUUCCAGCUCCAUGUGCGCAGUCACACGAGGCGCACAAUUAACGCACGUCACGAUAAUCGCUUUGAGUGAUUAAAUAAUCGUGCACAAAAGCUCACUGGACACCAACAUAAUUAAGUGGAUGGGAUGCGGGUGUUUUCUUGAACUGCCUCUUUUUGACACAUCUCACUCCUGACUUUUCCCAAGUUGGCUCUCUAUACCGGAGGAAGUGCGGCUCGUCAAAUUGUUCGCAGCUGCUCUUCUGCAUUUGAUGCCACGGCAAUGGGACAUUGCCAAAGGGAGAACGUGUUCGAGCGUUGCAGGAAAAGUUUGCUUUGGACAGUGCUGGUCCUCUGGCUGUGCAUGCCCGCUGAAGGAACCUGGAAGACUGGACUUUACAAAAGCAGAGAGCAAACUGCAGCCUCUCAUACCUCCAUCUAUCUGAAAAGAAACUGGUGUCCUCAUACGGUCACAAAGACAGUGAGUUGCCAGGUGCAGAAUGGGACGGUCGUGCAGAGAGUUUACCAGACGUGCCGCUGGCCGCAGGGAUGUGCCGGAGGCAGCUACAGGACAGUUGUCAGACCAUCCUAUAAAACGGUGUACCGCACUGUGACCUCACUGGAGUGGAAAUGCUGUCCAGGAUUUAGUGGGACCACCUGUGAAGAAGCACGAGCACCUGGCCCGAACACAUCCAGAGUAACAGCGACAAAAAUGUUCGACGAUGCAGGCAAACAGCAGGGGGCUCAAGAGGCAAUCAGGAAAGCGUCCACACUGCGUCGCCCACCUGCACGCUCAGGGGAGCCCCUUUCAUACUGUCUCAACUGCAGUCGAAUCACGGCAAUGAAUGACAGGCUGAGUUCGCUGGAGGCAAAGGUCCAAGUCCUCGCUGCCUUGCCGUCCAGUUCUCAGCGCCACCCUCUGACCAAAGGGAGAGUUACACCCGAGGCCGCCUUACUGUUGGGGGCCGCGCCUGCUCAGGGGGCUCCCGGUGAGCAGGGACCUGCCGGUCCUCAGGGGGAAAAGGGCAGCGAUGGUCUUCCAGGCAGAGACGGCAAAACAGGUUCUCGAGGCUCGCCAGGUCCCACUGGGCCUCGGGGGGAGGCGGGCGCGAGGGGCCCAGCUGGAAGCCCUGGAUUGAAGGGAAACGCCGGACCUUCAGGCCCCCGGGGUCCCCCAGGACUCCCAGGAGAGAGAGGUCUACCAGGUCCACCUGGGCCUCCAGGACCACCUGCUCCCGCCAGUGCCCGCAUCCCUGCGCCAGAAGAGCGAGGGAAAGACCCCUUCUUCACCAACACUUUCCAUGAUUCUACACCAGGACCGCAGGGUCCUCCUGGCCCGAUUGGUCCCACAGGUCCAAAAGGACCAGCAGGACCACCGGGACCACAGGGACAGAGCGGUAAACCUGGGAUUCCUGGAGGACAAGGUCCUAUGGGACCGAAGGGAGAGCGUGGAGAGCGAGGUCCCUCGGGUUACCCAGGGGACAGGGGCUUCAGGGGCGAGCCGGGAUUACCGGGUCCCAAAGGAGAGCCUGGAGAAAAGGGCUUACCGGACUUUAGCUUGCAGAUGUUCCGCGACUUGCAGGCUGAUCUCGAGCUUCUGGCUCGUAGGGUGACGCUGCUGGAGGCUAUCGUCUGGCCAGAACCUGAUCUAGGCUCUGGGGAUGGACCAUUUGGCACAGCCUCCCCUAGUUUCUACCGAGAUAAGCGGGCAGGUGCGCUUCCGUAUCGACCUGCUUCUCCUCUGUCCUUCGACACCAAGGUUCGAGGGAAGUAGCCCCCACCCCCCAUUCCUUGAGGACCGCAGGCUGGUUUGGCUUCCCUUCCUUUAGAUCGCAUCGGCACUCAACACCUAAUUGAGAGGGCUUUCCUGUCAAAUUUAGGUUGGGGACACCUCAGGGAUAUGUUUAUGAUACUCCACCAUGUCCUCCUGCACCCGUGACAACUCGUUUGACAGCCCUUAAGUUAUCACCGUAGCCACUUCCAGCUGCAGGGUCUCACAUGUUUGACAAAAGGAAGCUCUGAAUUACUUAUGGUGCUCCUCGGGCCACAAAUCUUGGCAAUAAGGGUCAUUUAGCUUCAUCCAUUUGUGGAGAUGUAACAUUAAAGACUGGACUUGAGUUUGUAAUUCGUUUUCAAUUUGAACAGCGAUGCCAUGAGAUUUUAUGAGCAUGUACGAUUUCCUGAACUACACAGACAAACCUCUAUUAUUCAUUUUGUUGUAUCUCUUAUAUUGUUAAACUCAGUUUGAUGUCAUCACUACUAUAACUGAGAUGUGUUGCUAUAUAUGAGCAUGAUGUGUUUUCCAAGUAAAAUACACACUGAAAAAGUGAGAAAAUAUAUCACGACAUAUUUACGUUUGUUGCAUUACCUAUAAUCCAGUGGAUUUUAUUUCAUCAUUUAGAAAAAAAAUCAACACAGGAAAAAACAAAACUGGAACCACUGUUAUGUUGGUGCUGUCCGAAGACUUGUUUUAUUUUUCAUCGUAAAUCAAGCUUAUUGUGAACGUAUUUAAAAAUUGUCAAUCGUAGUUUGUUUUGUAUGCCGUCGUAUAACAACUUCUUCUUUUGAAUUUUUAUUUCUUGCAAAUGUGUUAAUAUAAUCCUGUCUCCUGAUGAUCGCUGUAAUAAAAUGAUGUUCACUGUUUAAA